AAUAAAUAAAAUGCAGGCUUGCAGAGCACGACCACAAAGAAUCUCAAUCCUUCUGUGACAAAAAUACUUUUUAAUUAUUUUCUCAAAAAAAAAAAAAUACUUUUUAAUUAUGUUCAACAGACAUCCAACCAAUCAGAAUUCAUUACGUGGCACUGUACAUAGACUUGCUGACGUCAUAAUUUAAAAUUAACUAUUUUUUAUUUUUUUUUAAUUUUCUUUGGAAGAAAAAUAAGAAUCAACAGAAAAACUCGAUCCAAUGCUUACUGAAGCUCUGAAAAUGGAAACGACGUCGUCGAAGAGUUCCUCGUCGUCGGAGGAGGAGAAGAAGAAGUUGUUGAAGAAGAAGACUGAAACUCAGACUCAGACGGAGAAGAAAGCUUUGGGAUGGAUGGAAUGGCUGAGAGGUUGGUUCUAUGUAGUUUACGAGAUGCUUUUCCAGAGAAUAACCGCUAGUCACUUACAAAACCCUAUGCCUUUACCUCAUCUCAACGAACUCACCUGCAUUGUCACCGGAUCCACCAGUGGAAUCGGCCGCGAAAUCGCCAGGCAAUUAGCGGAAGCUGGAGCUCAUGUGGUUAUGGCGGUGAGGAAUACGAAAGCAGCGCAUGAAUUGAUUCAGAAAUGGCAGAGCGAGUGGACUGGGCUGGGUUUACCUCUCAAUAUUGAGGUGAUGGAGCUUGAUCUUUUGUGUUUGGACUCUGUGGCGAGGUUUGCUGAAGCUUGGAAUUCUCGUUCUGGGCCUUUGCAUGUUCUUAUCAAUAAUGCUGGAAUAUUUUCCAUUGGAGAGCCACAGAAAUUUUCAAAAGAUGGUUAUGAAGAACACAUGCAAGUGAAUCAUCUUGCUCCAGCCUUACUUUCAGUAUUGCUUUUGCCAUCUCUUGUCAGAGGCUCUCCUAGUCGAAUUGUUAAUGUGAAUUCUGUGAUGCAUUAUGUUGGCUUUGUUGACACGGAAGACAUGAAUGUUAAUUCUGGGAAAAGGAAAUUUUCAAGCUUAUUGGGAUACACCAGCAGCAAACUGGCUCAGGUUAUGUUUAGUAGCGUUCUCUUUAAACGUCUGCCUGCUGAAGCGGGUGUUAGUGUACUUUGUGUAUCGCCUGGAAUUGUCCACACAAAUGUUGCAAGGGAUCUGCCAAAACUUGUUCAAGCUGCUUACCAUCUAAUACCCUAUUUUAUUUUUAGUCCACAAGAAGGUGCCAGAAGCACACUUUUUGCAGCCACUGAUCCUCAAAUUCCCGAGUACUGUGAGCUGUUGAAAUCCGACGACUGGCCUGUUUGUGCUUUCAUAUCUCACGAUUGUCAUCCCACAAAUCCUUCCGAGGAAGCACACAGCACUGGAACUGCUCAUAAAGUGUGGGAAAAGACACUAGAAUUGAUCGGUCUACCUUCCGACGCUGUUGAGAGGCUCAUCGAAGGGGAAGACAUUGAGUGCAAAUAUGGAACUAAACAGGAGUAAGUUUCUUCAUCAUUUGUCCAAAAUUUGCCCACCAAUUGUUCAAUGUAGAUUAUGUAUCGAGUUGCCCAUGUAGUUUGGUUGGCUUGAGUUUAAGGAUCUGUGGUCAUUCAUUUUCUAACAUAAAUAGGAAAGUGAAUUGCCAUGAUCAUAGCUUAGCUGUGAAGAUCAAUUAGAUCUAUUUUGCUAUAACACACUUUUUUUAGUUCAUCUUUUUUCUCUUUGGUUGGAAAAUGAAUCUUGGGAUUGCUAGUAUGUUACUUGCUGCACCAAAGUGAUUUUCAUGGGCAAAAUUAAUUCAAAGGAACUUGGAGAAAUUCAGGUUUUAGUUAGAAA